AUCUCCAUGUUGCUAUUUUAGGUGACAAGAAGUUUGAAGACAUGACGGGAAAACCUAAGCUCUACUACUUUGAUGGAAGAGGCAAGAUGGAGUCAAUUCGCUGGUUGUUAAGUGCAGCUGGUGUUGAGUUUGAAGAACAGUUCCUGACAACACGGGAACAGUAUGAGAAGCUCCUGCAAGAUGGCUCCCUGCUGUUUCAGCAAGUGCCCAUGGUGGAGAUCGACGGGAUGAAGAUGGUGCAGACCAGAGCCAUCCUCAACUACAUAGCAGCAAAGCACAACCUCUACGGGAAGGACCUGAAGGAAAGAGCCCUGAUCGAUAUGUAUGUAGGAGGAACAGAUGACCUUAUGACCUUUAUUAUGAAAUUUCCCUUCUUACCAGCUGAGGAUAAAGAGAAAGAACUUGCCAAUAUACUUCAGAAGGCCACAGGCAGGUAUUUCCCAGCCUAUGAAAAGGUUUUGAAAGAUCAUGGUCAGGACUUUCUGGUUGGCAACCGUCUUAGCUGGGCAGAUGUUCACCUUCUCGAAGCCAUUUUAAUGGUAGAAGAGAAGAAGUCGGAUGUUCUCUCAGCGUUUCCUCACCUACAGGCAUUUAAAGCAAAUAUAAGCAGUAUCCCUGCAAUCAAGAAAUUUCUAGAGCCAGGAAGCCAGAGAAAACCUGUUCCUGAUGAUAAAUAUGUGGAGACUGUGAGAAGAGUUCUCCGGAUGUACUGAUAUGAGAGCAAGUUAGCAUGUCUGCCUAAAAC